UUCCGCUAUGCAUUCUCCAAUGUAACAAUCAUUGCCUCACUGCUCGCAUGGGCUGCGGAGCUGCACACCGCUUGCAGCCUGUGUCCCAGGAUGUGAUUGUCCAGAGCGUCAAGCACAGCCACGUGGGAAGCUGGCGGACAACACCCAAAGUCCAAGAGGAGCUGACCGAAGCAGGCUACACCAAAGCUGUGGAACUGCCGAAGCACAGGUCGGACACGGGACAGCUAUCUCUUCGGGGUAAGGAGGAGCCGGCAGUGGCACGUGGCGGGCUGCGAAUCCUGCAACUGGACGACUUUGAUUUGCUCGAUCUGUUGGAUGAGACACCAAUGUCAGCGGUUUUCCGGUUACGCCAUAGGCGAACCGGACUAACGCUUGCUGGCAAGAGAAUUCGGAAGGGAUGCGAAGUACACCAGUCCGGAGACUACCUCAAUGAAGUCAAAAUGCUUCAACUCUGCAAGUCGCCGUACAUUGUGACGCUUCACGGUGUUUGCGACAGUGGGACCGACUUCUGGACGGUCCUUGAGCUAUGUUCUGGUGGUCGGAUGGAACCGUGGCUUCGGAGAUUUCCCAACACUGCACGGACCGUUGUUCUUCAACUGAUUGAGGCUGUGAAGUAUUUGCAUUCGAAGUUGGUUUGUCACCUGGACUUGAAACCGGACAAUGUCUUGCUUUCUGGCACAGGAGAUAUUCGGCUCUGUGAUUUUGUGACCUCAGUGCAGCUGUCCGACGCUCAACAGCAGAUGAUGGGAAAAUGUGGGACACCACAAUUCCGCGCUCCAGAGGUUGAGUGUGGAGGUGCCUACAAUGGACUGAAGGCUGACGUCUUCUCCCUUGGCCGCACCUUGCAAGUUGCCCAGGAGACACCUACCAAACAAGCGUGGCCCGAACUGGUGGAGCUGAUUCCUCACAUGUUGCAAUUGGAGCCUUUGCAGCGGCCUGGAGUGAUGGAGAUACACAGCUUCCUUACAGGAGGCAGCCAAUCGGUUCUGAAGAUAGACUGGAGCGCACUUGGCUCUGUUCGCUGCGAUGAAGCGCAGCCACGGAAAGCGCCAGUGCGGAUGGGACCUCGAGGUGGCCGGAAUGCCACUCAGCAAAGCAGCGCACCGUCCAAGGCAUGCGGGAGCAACUAUUGUCAGCGGCUGGGCGCGUGCAUUUGCCAUGACAGAGUGCCAACAUGUGCAACCAUCAUGAGCCCACAGGAAAGACGGGCUCAACUGCGGAGAUGCAAUACUCCAUAAAAAG